AUGAAAAAGUACUACGUCAACGACUCUUGGACUGUCCCAGCAACUCCGACCGAAACGGCGGAACCUGAACCCUUGGAGACGAUAACCGAAGAACCAACUGUUGCAACUGCUUCCGAACCUAUGGACUGCUCUACUGCGAUGCCAUCUGUGCAACAUACAGACUCGGGAACGUCUGCUACGACAAGUACCAUACCAUCAGUGAAACACGGAGACUCCGGCUCAUCCGGAAAAACGGUCAACAUACCACCAAAUCACUUCCUUACAUAUCAAACUAGAUGUGCAUAUGUGCAUGCGUGUGUAUGUGUACGUGCGUACGUGUGUGUGGGUUGGGUUGUGGGUGUGGGUGGAAGUGAGUGAAA